UUGUUGACAAUUUAAGAACCCUACUGUCCUACAUUAAACAUUCCACUCCCAAGUCUCCAACAAAGAUUUACAAUUUUGUUUCUUUUCCUUUCAUUUGCUGGGGUUAAAGCUCAGAUCUUUGUUAAUAAACUUGAAAAGUAAAGGAGCAAACUGGGGGAGCAAUGGUUGCAGAGCCUUGGGUACUCAAAAUGGGAAAUGAGGUAAGUAGCAAUCUCAAGAACUCCCUUACUUUGCAUGGAUCAAAUAGUAAAAAGAAAGAAAGACCCAAUAAAAUCGUGAAACAAACUAUUGGUAUCUUGUCAUUUGAGGUAGCAAAUGUAAUGUCUAAAUUGACCCAUCUUCAUAAUUCAGUUUCUGAUUUAGAGAUAUCUAAGCUAAAAUAUGAGAUAAUUAAAUCAGAGGGUGUAAAGAAAUUAGUGUCAUGUGAUGAAUCUUAUCUCUUAGAGCUUGCUUAUGCUGAGAAAUUAGAUGAUUUGAAUAGGGUUUCUGAGGUAGUUUCUAGGUUAGGGAAGAAGUGUACUGAGCCGGCUUUGCUAGGGUUUGAGCAUGUUUAUGGGGAUAUUAUAUCUGGGAAAAUUGAAGUAAAAGAAUUGGGUUUUGUGGUUAAGGAUAUGGAGGGUAUGAUUAGGAAGAUGGAGAGGCAUGUGGGUUUUACUGCUAAUUUGUAUGGUGAAUUGGAGGUGCUUGAUGAAUUGGAGAAGGUGAACAAUAAGUGUCAAUUGAAUCAAAAUGGAGAGAGUUAUAGGGCAAUUCAGCAGAAAUUGUCUUGGAAGAGGCAAAAUGUGAGGCAUUUAAAGGAAAUUUCACUGUGGAAUCAGACCUAUGAUAAGGUUGUUGAGCUUUUGGCAAGGUCUGUUUGUACCCUUUAUGCUAAAAUAUGUGUUGCCUUUGGCAAUGGAAAUUGUGGUAAGACAGAAAGUGUAAAGAGUAUUGGGAAGGUUGAGAGUAAGCAUACUCUUAGGGUUAUGUCUUUAUCUAGUGAAAGGUGCGAAAAGAAGCUUCCAACUCAACUAAGUUUGCAAAGAGGUGAAAUUGACUUAUUUGAUCUGCGUCGAGAUUUAGUUUAUCCUUGUGCUCCUAGCCCUGGAAGGAUCUUCAUGGGGUGUCUUAGUUUAAGUAGCUCAGCUUCAAGAGUUGAUGAUAACGAAGAUGAUUAUAGCUUUAGUGAUCAGGAUAGACCUGCCUCUAGGUGUUCUAUCAUGAAUGGCAUGAAGAAGGAGCAUACGAUUGAUGCCAAAGUUGGAUUUUACUAUGGACAGGAUCAAGGGAAGUUUUGCUAUUCGAUGAGCGCCUCACGUUUUGGCCCCAAAAGUACGGUGGGCACCCACGCUACUCCGUCCACUAUUGGGGGCUCUGCUCUUGCUUUGCAUUAUGCUAAUGUUAUAAUAGUUAUCGAAAAGCUUCUUUGCUACCCACAUUUGGUGGGUGAUGAGGCCCGGGAUGAUUUGUAUCAUAUGUUGCCUUCUAGUUUGAGAAAGUCAUUGAGGAUAAAUCUCAAGUCAUACUUCAAGAACUUGGCUAUUUUCGAUGGUGCAUUGGCUCAUGAUUGGAAGGAAUCCCUUGCCCGGAUCUUGAAAUGGUUAGCUCCGUUAGCUCAUAAUACGAUCAGAUGGCAAAGUGAGCGGAAUUUCGAGCAACAACAAAUUGUUAAAAGAACAAACGUUCUUUUACUGCAGACCCUUUAUUUUGCUGACAGGGAAAAGACCGAAUCAGCAGUUUGUGAUCUCUUGAUUGGCCUAAACUAUAUAUGUCGUUAUGAACACCAGCAAAAUGCUCUGUUGGAUUGUGCUAGUAGUUUUGACUUUGGUGAUUGGAGGGAUUGGCAACUGCAAUGCCAGACUUCUUGCCUCAUCUAAUAGGGCUGGAAUACGCACGAUACAAACAAAGGUCGAAUUUUUCUAAUCGUAAUUAAAUACUACAAAGAUGCAGAUUGCUUUGUUUUUGAUGUGAAUACGGGCCCUUGUUUUCUCGGAGCUCCAUAUUUGUAUACUUGAAUGAUUAAUGCAUUUUGUUGUAAGGCAUGUAGGGUUUUGGCUCUCAAGUACUAGUACAUUGAUUUCUCUCACUAGAGGAAGUAUUUUUUUUUUAACAUUGUGUAUGUAUUUCUGUACAUAGUAAUGAGAAUGUCUCACAUUUAUCCUACACUUAUAUUUCUUCUUUUAUGUCCAAUGAUCUACAUAUCUAGAAGAAAGUUUUGCAGGAUUUCCCUUCUUAGUGUUCAAUUUUGCUAUUUACAA